AUGAGCAAACACCACGUAGGGCCCAGUCAGCGGCCAUCUUGGCUACCGAGCAUACUUUUUGUGUGGGCAUGUGUGGCCUCUGGGUUUUCGUUCUACCUGCUGUACCUCAAGCCGAUGGCGCCUCCAUCACAAGAUGCGCGACUGCCGACCGUUAUAGAAGAGCCCAGCGGCGCAGAGGCCGCAACCACGCGCAAACGAAACCUCAUUUUCAUGGUCUCCGACGGAAUGGGACCUGCCUCGCUGUCCAUGGCGCGAAACUUCCAAGAUUACGUUGAGGAGUCAGACAUUGGCACGACUCUAUUUUUGGACGACCACUUUUUGGGGAAUUCCCGGACCAAGUCGGACUCAUCACUCAUCACAGACUCUGCUGCAGGCGCCACGGCGUUUUCCUGUGGCCUGAAAACCUACAAUGGCGCCAUUGGUGUCGACCCAGACUCCAAGCCAUGCGGCACGGUUAUCGAAGCUGCCAAGGAAGCCGGCUACUUGACGGGCAUGGUCGUGACCACUUUUAUUACCGACGCUACCCCUGCGUCGUUCUCGACUCACGCCUAUGACCGUAGCGAGCAGCAGACAAUCGCUGCCCAAUUAGUCGGCAGAGACCACUUGCUUGGCCGGAAUGUCGACCUGCUGAUUGGCGGUGGCCGGUGCGAGUUCUUGCCGCGUUCAAUGGGCGGGUGUCGUGAAGAUUCGCGUGAUCUUUUGAAAGAGGCGACCGAGGACGGCUGGUCGUUGGCUACUAACCGCAAGGAGUUCGACUAUCUCCAGGGCGGGCGAAACGUCAGCCUGCCCCUCAUGGCUCUGGUUUCCAAUGGCCAGAUUCCAUUCGACAUUGACCGUGACGACGAGCAGUACCCGUCGUUGGUUGAGACGACAAAGACUGCCAUCCGCGCUCUUUCCGAUGCUACAAAGGACUCGGACAAGGGCUUUGUCCUGAUGAUUGAGGGCUCUCGCAUCGACCAUGCCGGACACUUGAACGACCCCGGUGCUCAGGUGUACGAGGUUCUGGCUUAUGAUGCUGCAUACAAAGCCGCCGUUGAGUUUGCGUCGUCGGCAGACGUUGAAACCGUUGUCAUUUCUACAUCAGACCACGAGACCGGCGGGCUUACGGUGGGCCGCCAAGUGACCGAGGAGUAUCCCGAGUAUGUUUGGUAUCCUGAGGUGCUUGCCAGCGUCGAACGCUCCACUGAACACUUGGCUCGUCGCUUGCGCAACUACCAACCCAAGUCGUCUGAAAAGCGCCGUCAUGAGAUGGUCAAGUACAUCAAGCACGAGAUUCUCGGGCCCAAGGGCCUCAAUCUGUCGGAGAUUCACCGUGAUGAUAUUCGCAGAGUCAUUCACAACCGCAAGAAUGCGCAAGACGUGCUGUCCGAAAUUCUCUCUGUGCGGGCCCAGAUCGGCUGGUCGACGCACGGCCAUACGGCAGUGGAUGUCAACGUAUACGGCUACGCCAAAGACGUGUCGCGGCUGGAUGUCCUACGCGGAGGCAACGAGAACAUUGAGUUUGCCACCUUUGUUUCCGAGUACCUUGAUUUGGAUCUGGGCGUAAUCACCGACAAACUGCACUCUAAACUCUCCAACCAGACCGGAGCAGACAGUUUCAACGAACCCCAGGAACCUGGCCACCUCGAUGCAUACCAUACUGGCGUGUCAGGCUUCCCUGUUUAG